GCUGCGGAACGGACCAAUUAGCAGCUUAGAGCGAGCCGUUUGCUUUCGAAAUCAACCAAUUGCAGGCCUGCACCGGAGCUUCCUCUUCGUCUUCGGCGCGCAGCCUGCGAGUGCGAGGCGGCGGCGGCGCGGCGGAGACGUUGCUUCCAGCCGAGCACGAGAUGACCGGUUCUAACGAGUUCAAGCUGAACCAGCCACCCGAAGAUGGCAUCUCUUCGGUCAAGUUCAGCCCCAACACCUCUCAGUUCCUGCUGGUGUCCUCCUGGGACACGUCUGUGCGCCUCUACGACGUGCCCGCCAACUCCAUGCGGCUAAAGUACCAGCACACCGGCGCGGUGCUGGACUGCGCUUUCUACGAUCCAACUCAUGCCUGGAGUGGGGGAUUAGAUCAUCAGCUGAAGAUGCAUGAUUUGAAUACUGAUCAAGAAAAUCUUGUUGGAACCCAUGAUGCCCCUAUCAGAUGCGUUGAAUACUGUCCAGAAGUAAAUGUGAUGGUCACUGGCAGUUGGGAUCAGACAGUUAAAUUGUGGGAUCCCAGGACUCCUUGUAAUGCGGGGACCUUCUCUCAGCCUGAAAAAGUGUACACCCUGUCAGUGUCUGGUGACCGGCUGAUUGUGGGGACCGCAGGCCGAAGAGUAUUGGUGUGGGACCUGAGGAACAUGGGCUACGUGCAGCAGCGCCGGGAGUCCAGCCUGAAGUACCAGACACGCUGCAUCCGUGCGUUCCCAAAUAAGCAGGGUUAUGUAUUAAGCUCUAUUGAAGGCCGAGUGGCAGUUGAAUACUUGGACCCAAGCCCUGAGGUGCAGAAGAAGAAGUAUGCCUUCAAGUGCCACAGGCUGAAGGAGAAUAACAUAGAGCAGAUCUACCCAGUCAAUGCCAUUUCGUUCCACAAUAUCCACAACACAUUUGCCACAGGUGGUUCUGAUGGAUUUGUCAAUAUUUGGGACCCAUUUAACAAAAAGCGACUGUGCCAGUUCCAUCGGUACCCCACCAGCAUCGCAUCACUUGCCUUCAGUAGUGAUGGGACUACGCUUGCAAUAGCAUCAUCAUAUAUGUAUGAAAUGGAUGACACAGAACAUCCCGAAGAUGGUAUCUUCAUUCGCCAAGUGACAGAUGCAGAAACAAAACCCAAGUCACCAUGUCCUUGACAAGAUUUCAUUUACUUAAGUGCCAUGUUGAUGAUAAUAAAACAAUUUCUACUCCCCAAUGGUGGAUUUAUUAUUGUUAACAAAGAAACCAGGGAAAUAACUAAUUUUAAUACUCUAAGAACCUGAAAAUAAUGGAAAAGAGAUUUUUAUUGUUGUUUUUUUAAUAAACAUUUAAGUGCAUGAGAUGGUUUGAUGGUUUGCUGCAUUAAAGGUAUUUGGGCAAACAAAAUUUGAGGGCAGUGACUGCACUUUUGAGAAUCGAUUUUGACCUUGGUUUUUCUUUCCAAUGUGGAAAUAAAUGUAAGUAGAGGUGGUAGAAAUCCCUUUGCUUUCUUUCUGGACCUUAAAUGGUAAAGGAAAAGGCUCUUGAGCCAUUGAUUCCUUUGCUGGUGAUAGUUGCUAAUUCGAAAGCUGCUUCAGACUGCCUCAUGAGGAGGUUAAUCUACAAUUAAACAAUAUUUCCUCUUGGCCGUCCAUUAUUUUCUGAAGCAGAUGGUUCAUCAUUUCCUGGGCUGUUAAACAAAGCAAGGUUAAGGUUAGACUCUUGGGAAUCAGCUAGUUUUCAAUCUUAUUAGGGUGCAGAAGGAAAACUAAUAAGAAAACCUCCUAAUAUCAUUUUGUGACUGUAAACAAUUAUUUAUUAGCAAACAAUUGAUCCCAGAAGGGCAAAUUGUUUGAGUCAGUAAUGAGCUGAGAAAAGACAGAACACAUCUGUGUAUUUGGAAAAAUAAUUGUAACGUAAUUGCAGUGCAUUUAGACAGGCAUCUAUUUGGACCUGUUUCUAUCUCUAAAUGAAUUUUUGGAAACAUUAAUGAGGUUUACAUAUUUCUCUGACAUUUAUAUAGUUCUCAUGACCAUUUCAGUUGCCCAGCCGCUGGUGAUUAAGGUUAAAAAGAAAAAUGACAGUGAGAAUGAGAUUCAUUUUGAUGUAAUGUCUUGUACCAGAACACGAACUUAGGUUGGCCUUUUUAAAGUAUUUCUAAGUAGUGUUUUUAUUGUCAGACUUUUUCAUUUGCAUUAUUUGUAAAUGUAUGUCUCUGAAAAAGAUCUAAAUCUUUGCUGAAAUUUAUUUUGUACAUGAUGCAAGUAUUUCAACGAGGAAUUAGUGUUAAGUCUAAACGAAUCUUUUGAAAUGUAUUUUCUUCAUUGCAGGUCCACCUAAUCAUCUGGUGAAAGUGGUUUCUCUGUGGAAAGCCUUGUUUGCUUCCUACAAACACAUGUUUAUCCCCUAAGGGGUGGUUGUAGUCAUGUGGACAUGUUUAGUAUGUGGAUUUCUGUUUUCUGCCUUAACAGAGACUUGUCUGUGUACUCCGUGAAACCUUGUUCAGGGUGGGGCAUCUUUGUGUCCUUGUACAGUAGUUUGAAGAAUUCCCCUGCCUCUAGCAAGCCGAGUUACUGUUCAUGAGCAUUUGAGCUCUUUGUAGCACAGUCUAAACCUGUUAUUUUCCUCCUGUCUAAUAAAUCAGAAACUUGGAACUUUUUGGAUGUUUUUAAGAUAUUGGUAAUUAAUGUCAUUUAUUACAUGAAUAGGUUUCUCUUAAGUGAUGAGUGCUCUUCAUCAAGGGCAUGUUGAGGAUGACCUUUCACCUUUACGCCUCCUCUGCCUCUCUUGAUUAUGUCUACUCUUAUACAUUGGGGAUUCAGUCCUGGAUAAAGUGAUCUGUUGGAGCUCAGCUGUACUCCCUCGGAGGAUCAGUGGAGCCUUUGAGCCAACUCUGCGCCUCCCCUCAGGACAUGCCCAGACUGGCAACUCGGCAUCUGUUGGCAGAAUUCUAGUGUUGCCAGCUCCAUAGAGCACACAGCUCACACAUCUCUGUGCCGAUGGAAUCGUCAUCUGCUUGUGGAGAGCCAGAUGACAGGCCCUUCUGAACUUAUCCAUCAAAUACUAAAUCAAAGUAAAGCCCUUGGGAUGGUAAAUAAUGUAAUAGCCAGGAACCGAUGGGUGGUGUUGGUUCUUAGUGUAAUUAUGUGCUUUUCAAAGUUAGAACCAAUUGGUUGAGAGCACGGUAUAAGUUUAAGACAUUGUCUAACUGAAGGAGAGCUAAUCUGGUGGUGUUAAGAUAGCAGAUUAAAGCCAUGUGGUGGACUUGGUUUUGAAGGUGCCGUAUGGGAGAGCGUUCUUGAUGGUUCGGUUUGGAUGUCCUCCUGCCUCUUGAAAUCCAGUGUGGUUCCGCCCCAACCCUCAUGUCCCCUGCAUACUGCUUACCCAGCUCACUUUCAUGGUGGCCCAAUUUAUUUUUUAUAGCUGCCAUUGCCCGGUUUCUCAGGCGUAGUUACCUAGCCAUUUUCAGGGGUUCUCCUUACCUGUCUUUUAGGUGCCCCUUCAGUUUCUGCCUGGUGCUAGUGUUCCCAGUCUUUGGGUCAGUCUUUCACAUUGCAACUCGUCCCUCAAUCCUUUGCUUCCUACAGCACUGACAUUUCAAGGAUUUUAGCUGUGCAGAGCACAAAUCAGUGACGUGACUGAAGGUUUAUUGAUAACACGUUACCCUUUCUGCAUGUGGAGUAUCUGAUGUGCAUGUUUCCUUUUAUGGUGCUUUGAAUUUAUUUUUCAAUAAAUGCAUUGCUACCUGUAAUUUUUAGAAACUGUGUUGCAAGAUUAAAAAACCCAACUUCUGUCAUGCCAUA